GAUAUCCGUACUGUAUUCAAUUUAAGAUGUAUCAUUACAUAACCCCAAAAGAAGUUUGUGAUAUUUUGCAGUACUGGUAUCAACAUGGCAUCAUUCGGUAUUGACAAUUUACGAGCAGCUGUAAUUGAUGGCAGAUUCGACAACGUUAGAUAUAGGCAAAAUCAACUUCAGAGUCUCCAUAAAGUUCUACGAAAUAAUGUCGACAAGAUCACAUCAGCAAUCUCGGAGGACCUCUUCGGCCACGUUCGAAAAACCGAUGCUGAAGUCUUAUGCGUGUUUUACCUUGCUUCUGACGUUAUCCGGAGAUCCUAUCAAACGCUCAACUUUAAGGAAUCAAUAAGCAAUGAGUAUAAAGUUGCUAAUGGUAGCGAUUUCUUGUCGCGUAAAAUUGGAAAAGGAUUGGUGGUCAUUCGGCCGACGACGCACACAAGAUUUUACUCAAUCAUAUGUCCGAUAGCAAUUGCUAUCGCAGCCGGGAACUGUGUAUGUUUAGAGCUCGGAGAAACAACUUCAAAAGUUGAUAGCAUCUUGAAAGCAUUAUUGCCCCAAGCCCUAGACAACGACACGUUCUGCAUCUCACCGACGACUCUACAAGACUCCUCCAUUCUUGAAUCGGCACUACUAGUGGACCAAACAAGCAAUCCUUCAAGCUCGAAGAUUAACCAACUUAUUUCAAAAUCGUCAGAUCGAACAGUUGCAGUUGUUGAUCGAGCAGCAGAAAUUGAAAGCGCAGCAGAAUCUAUUGUCACUGCCCGAUUUUCUUUUCAAGGAACUUCGGCAUAUAGUCCCGAUUUAGUCAUCGUCAAUGAAUUUAUCAAAAGUGAUUUCAUAGAAGCUUGCACAAGAUAUGCGAGCAAAUUCUUUUCCUCCAAUAGCAGUAGCCAAGGUAGACAGAACGAUGGAGUUUCUGCCACCAAAAAGGCACUCAAAGAUGCUGAAAACAAAAAGCAAAUCUCAACAUUUGGAUCAAAUAAUUUUGUUCUUGCCGAUGUUUUGGAUAGGGCGUCGACCGUUACAGAGAUGAAAAUCAAUGGCUGCCAUCUACUAAUCAUGGGAACUACAAGUUUAGUAGAUGCUAUCAUGACGCAAAAAUCAAGAUCUCCAUUACUCGCUUUGUACAUCUUUUCAGAUCUAUCAACCGCAAAAUUUCUCGCUCAACAUUUCAAUGCCAGCACUAGCUACGUGAACCAUAUUCCACUGCACCUCCUCGUGGGACCGGCUGCUGCCUCAACACCACUCCCAAUUCCUGCAUUUCACAAAUAUAGCGCGGAAAUGUUUUCGUCUACAUGCCCACAAUAUAUUGCUCUUCCACCAGAAGAUCUCUUGGUUGUUGAUAAGGUUCUUGCAGGAGGAUCAGAGAGUAAUGAGCUUCUCAAAAAGAUUCAAAAGGUGGCUGUAAAGGCAUUGCCGGAAACUGGUCAGGCUCCUGGUCAUGCUAUUGGAUUUUUUGAACAGGGGAUUCUGUUGGGUGGUGCUUUGUUUUUGUCCGUUGUUGUCCCGGCUUUGGGGUAUGUGUCGUGGGUUGGAGGCAGGUCUGUUUGGGGUGUAAUUGGGAGGUUUCGGGCGGGUGGCGCUUGAGUUCUUUUGGAAUUCGUAAAUAUGAGCCUGGGUCUUGUUCAAGGAUGUUUGUUUAAAUUGUAUCAUUAAUGAAUUUUAAUUUUUGGACAUGAACUGCGAGAUAGCCCCGCA